AUGAAGUUUUGUAACAUAGUUCUCGUUUUGCUAUUUUUAAAUUGUUUUCUUGAAACUGACGCCUGGUCAAGACGUCGUCGCCGUCGAUCCUGCAGACCUCGGAAUUGUGAAGUGAGUUCUUGGUCUUCUUGGAGCUCAUGUAGUGCUGAACAAUGUGUACAACAUGGAUCACAACAACGGACAAGAUGGCGAGUAUCUGAGCCGAGUUGUGGAGGUUCAGAAUGUUCUACCUUAGAGGAAACACGGCACUGCUAUGGUACACGAUCAGUGAACUGUCAGCUGAGCUCUUGGUCUGCGUGGAGUGCCUGCUCGACAGUCUGUGGCGUUUCUGGCAUUCAAACCAGCAACCGACACAGAGUAAUAGCUGAACAGUGUGGCGGAACCUGCUCGUCAACACUUCGAAAAACGCGAGCUUGUCCGGAACUCAGCUGUCUGAACGGAGGGAGUUUACAGGAAGAAGCAUGCUUUUGCAAUAAAGGCUAUUCUGGAGUCUGCUGUCAGAAAAAACUGAAGAAAGGUAAAGAGUAAAACAGUAAAGCAUUUGAUACACACCCUAGGUAUUCCUCAGUACAAAAACACCGUUUAAGAGCGGAUGUCUGUAAUAUCGACCAGAGGUGGGAAAAAUAAAAUUUUGGAAAAAUCCCCCAAAAAUUAUGUAGACUCUCCUAGGUAUUCUAGUGAUGAAAAUAUAAAUUUUAGUUUCAUUGGAUAAAUAUUUCGGCGAUACGGCGAAUGUCAAGUUCGGGCGAUUGACGACCCCCGCCAGACCGCUUUUUCGGGCCCCUAGACCCGGCUACGAAAAGACCACGAUUUCAAUCGAAUUCAAGAGUCAUUCAACCCAAAUAGCUUCUUAUCGUAUUAAAAGGGGUUUAAUACACAUACUGAUUUGUCAUGUUCUUGAAUUGAUCGCAACUGGAAUAUUUUAUGGAUUUUUAAAUAUUUACAAAAUUUUAAGGGUUUUACGAGAGCAAAAUAUUGUCAGAUUUCAAAGGCCUAAAAUCACUUCCGAUACAUGAUUUCUAACAGAAAAAGACAUUCUACGUUAAAAAGCAAUCUCUAAGCUUUCAAAAUAUGCUUUCAAAACUCUGGGCAACAUGUGAAAUGAAUUUUUGGGAACGCAAAAUUCACAGAGUACUUGAGUGUAAUUUGACCUUUCUGACUCAACAGUCAAGAGGUUCGACGCGACACAAAUCAUUCCUCCAACAAAUGUUUCAGAUAAAAUGCGUUUAAUUUAGGCAAUCUCAAGUCCCACAGUGAUACAAAGAUGCUUCAUAUACAUUAGGUGGAAAGUUACAUGCCAUUUUGUCAGCCGUAAAGAACUAUUUCUCUGGCCUUCGGGUGCCGUAGUUGAACUCGCCUCGCUAAUGUAAACAUUUGGGUCAAGUUCUUAUUACAAAACAGCAAAGUUUUCAAAAUCUACACCAACUAUCUAUCCUGUCUAGUAGAUAAUCAGGUCUACAAUUUGUUUGUUUAUACCAUGUGUCCUUGUUUGACUUCAUUCCCACAAUGAAACUGAGACAUGUAAACUACAGUACAACGAAAUUCCAGCUUGCUCGACAUGUCACGUUCCACGUGAAAGGGCCGUUCUAAACUUGAUUGCGUUACGUAAACACGACGUAGCGAUUUUUUUUUCUGAGUUGUGAAAAAAAAAUCCAUUUCUAUCUUACAUGUUGUAGAUAUUCCAUUUGAAUAAACCGGCAAUCUGAAUUUUUUUUUUUUUUACCGUGAAGUUGUACCAGACUUGUCGGAUUCCCGACGAAACCAAAAAAAUCUUAGGACCGAAAACUUAACCCCCCAAAUUUUCAAGCCCUUAUUUCUCCAAGCCCUGAGUUUUUUCCUGAAGGAUCAAUGUCAGGAUCAGUAAAUGUUUGUGGUUGGUUUAUUUAUCGUACCAUCCGCUGAAUUUUACUUUUUCUCAUCUGACAGUCUGAACUGCGCGGCCAGCAUUGUACGCGCGCGGUACUACACCAAUCAGAUUGUUUUGAAUACCCUUUGGAAUUCCUACUUAAAUCAAGCUACCAAAAAUGUCUACAGAUAUUUAUAUUUUCCAAAUUUUCCUAUCCCCAAAGAAAUCCCGUGAUGAAAAAUUUCAAAACAAAAAAGAAAUCCCUUUACCAUCUCGGUAACUUCAACUCUCCCCUCCCCCUCCAACCCCCGCCUCGGGCCGGACCUAGGGUCAGAUAUUAUUGCUUGGGUUGUUCUUUUUGGUUGUUGGUAGUGGUUCGACACUUCUUCCCCUUCCUCUGUUCGUCCUGGUUUCUUUCUGUUUGGAAAUAUCCUAAUGCGUUGUGCAAUUGUAUUGCAAGAUGCUGUAUAAGGCCAGUGUAAAGCAAUUGUCAAGUAAGGGCGUCCUACCACGGUCUUAACUAGCGAUUGCAGCGUCGAUAUUUAUAGAUUUUUGGACCGUCUUGUUUUACUAAGUUUACUCUAGUGAUAAAAAUAAACGAGCAUCAUUGCCAGCUAGUACAGUUUUGCUUGCUUUUGUGUGGCGAUACAGCGUGCAAAAAUGGAGCGUUGGGUGGGUGGUCAGUGUGGUUCAAGUAAUAAAUAACCGAGCACACAGUACGUGCGCAUAGGAGGGAGCAACUGAUCAAUUAAGUGCCGCUUUACAGUCAGUUCUGCAUCAUGCUAUUGAACUUGCGUGGGUGCCUGCACAUCUUAGAACUCAUUAUAGAAGAAUCAGUGUAACAAGAACAAAUCUUUAUCUCCCCCGCCCCUGGUCCGUUAGACACCUAAGACUAUAUUAAGAAAUAGCUUGAUGAUCUAGGGAUACGUGACCACUGAUACAACUAGUGGUGUAAGAUAUGAAUAAUAAUAAUAAUAAUAAUAAUAAUAAUAAUAAUAAUAAUAAUAAUAAUAAUAAUAAUAAUAGUAAUAAUAAUAAUAAUAAUAAUAAUAAUAAUAAUAAUAAUAAUAAUAAUAAUAAUAACAAUAAUAGCCAGAAACGUAUUACAGCGUAAUGCACUUAUAGCUCUAGCUUGCAAACCACGCUUUUGAACCCCAUUCCUUGCAGAUAAAUCAGCGUUGGAGAUAAUAGGUUUUUUUUUAUCAUAAUGUUAACUUGCCUUGUGACUACAAUAGUGCAAUAGGUGGACAGCUUAAAGUUAGAUUUAAAAAGUACCUAGCCUCCCCAGGUGCGGAUCUAGAAUAAAUACUGACCAAUUUCCUACUUCUAGAGAUGUCUGGGGGCAUGCUCCCCUGGGAGCAAAGUCCCCUUUCCCCGGGUUUCUGAGUCAUUCAGAUGGGAUAUUUACAGACUGUCCGAACCAUUUUCCAGAUAUCAACUUUGAAAUUUUAAAGUUUUUUACUAAAAAUAUAUUUAUUAUGAAAAAUCUGACCGGUCAUUAUUGAUCCCCUGGGGAUGAAUCGUAACUGAGAACCCAAAAGGGAGGAUCGCUGAAAACUUUGGAAGGAUUCAGAGGGGGGACCACUCAAAUUUGCUUGGAAAAUGAAAACAUGUGGCGGUGGUGGUGGUGGGGGGGGCGGUUAUCGGGGAUCGUGAAAGUCAUCAAAAGUGAUUAGGAAGGAUCACUUCAGGGAAGUAACAUUCAAAGGGAAGAUCCGCUAAUAUUCACCUUGUUUAGCCCUAAAUCCUGCCCCGCCCCCGCGGCGAUAAAUAAUGACCAGUCCCUUAGGUUGUAUCAGGACGGGGGAAAUAACCGAAAUAACAACAAAACAAACAAACGAACAAACAACAAGAAAGAACAGGUAAUGUACAUAUCGCGGUUAGAAACGCUCGGGGAUCACAAGCCUGAGAUCGGUAAAGCUGCAUGGUAAGAAAAAAAUUGAGAUUUCCUGGAGAUUGUCUGGCACACCUAAAACUCGAUUUUUUUUCACAACUCAGCAAUGUUUAGGUAACGCAAUCAGGUCUAAAACGAAAAACGGUCCCUUCACCUGACACGUGACUUCAGCUGUGACUUGUCGAGCGAGCGGGAAUUUCGUUGUAGUUUGCAUGUCUCAGUUUCAUUGUGGGAAUGAAGUCAAACAAGGACACAAGGUACAAACAAACAAAUUGUAGACCUGAUUAUCUACUAGACAGGAUAGAUAGUUGGUGUAGAUUUUGAAAACUUCGCUGUUUCGUGAUAAGAACUUGACCCAAAUGUUUACAUUAGCGAGGCGAGUUCAACUACUGCACCUGAAGGCCAGAGAAAUAGUUUUUUGCGGCUGACAAAAUGGCGUGAAACUUUCCACCUAAUGUAUAUGAAGCAUCUAUGUAUCACUGUGGGACUUGAGAUUGCCUAAAUUAAACGCAUUUUAUCUGAAACAUUUGUUGGAGGAAUGAUUUGUGUCGCGCCGAACCUCUUGACUGUCGAGUCAGAAAGGUCAAAUUACACUCAAGUACUCUGUGAAUUUUGCGUUCCCAAAAAUUCAUUUCACAUGUUGCCCAGAGUUUUGAAAGCAUAUUUUGAAAGCUUAGAGAUUUCUUUUUAACGUAGAAUGUCUUUUUCUGUUAGAAAUCAUGUAUCGGAAGUGAUUUUAGGCCUUUGAAAUCUGACAAUAUUUUGCUCGCGUAAAACCCUUAAAUUUGGAAAAAAUAUUUAAAAAUCCAUAAAAUAUUCCAGUUGCGAUCAAUUCAAGAACAUGACAAAUCAGUAUGUGUAUUAAACCCCUUUUAAUACGAUAAGAAGCUAUUUGGGUUGAAUGAUAUUUGAAUUCGAUUGAAAUCGUGGUCUUUUCGAAGCCCGGUCUAGGGGCCCGAAAACGGCGGUCUGGCGAAGGCCGUCAAUCGCCCGAACUUGACAUUCGCCGUAUCGCCAAAAUAUUUAUCCCAUGAAACUAAAAUUUAUAUUUUCAUUACUAGAAUACCUAGGGCAGUCUACAUAAUUUUUUGGGGAUUUUUCAAAAAUUUUAUUUUUCCUACCUCUGGUCGAUAUUUACCGACAGCCGCUCUUAAAUAUUUUCGUCAGAGAAUUAUUGAGAGAAUUAUGUUCAUGCAAGGUACACCAAAAAGCUCAAAAAGCCUCCAUAAGACUCUCGCAUCAGAAUCUCUUAUUGUGCAUACAAGAUAAACAAAAUAAAGUAAAAGAAAUUGAAUGAGGUUAUUGCUUUGAAACUAAGGAACAAAUCUAACGUUGCAGACCGUAUUUAUAGUUUGAAUACGCGAUAUUUUACUUCCCUUUAGGUCAAACAACACCACACUAGAAGGCGACUUAGGCAUAUUCUGUUUACUUAAAAGUUUCUUACCGUGAAAAAAGCAGAUGUACAAGUGAUAGAGUCGGUUACGCUUAGUUUUCUGAGGGAACGUUCAUUAUUUAUAGGAGGGGGAAUGAGUAAGAAAUGGAGGGAUCUAGGCACUGCAAAAAGGAGAGGUCCUGGCGUGUUAUUGUUAUGGUGGCGGGUCUUGAAAUUUUAAUCAGGUAAUGUCUUAAAAGAAGCAAAAAAGAUGCAGUGUACCAAUAAGAGCGGAGUAACCCAGAUUUCAUUGCUUGGGUGCCUUUGAGCCUUCUAUGAUUCUUCUUGAACCCAACCUUACUGCAAUAUUUUGAUGCAGUCAUGGAGCAUUGGUUACAAAUUUAGUUUGUUUAUUUGGUACAGCCCGCAUUUAUAAAAUGCGAUAACAUACCAAUGAAAAUACUCUUUGUUGGUCACUCCAAAAUGUUGCAUAAGCAUUGUAUCAGUUUCUCUUGGGGCCAUUUAACCUUUCUGUAGCGGUCAGUUACUGCACUGCAACAGUUUAUAAGUUUUAAUUCUAGUUCCACAAAUGGAGGAGAUGAAAGUGUUUUCUACGAAAUUAGCGCUCAGGCCGACUGUAACUAUGUUAUUUAUGGUUAAGGGGGAGGGAUGUUUAGAGAGAGGGGUGGGGGGGGGGGAGAAUUUCGACGCAGUGGAAAUGCUGGUUCGGUUUCAAAUGCAGUUGAAUUGGGGAAGGGGGUAAACUUUUAAAAUAAUGUUGUUUCAAUUCUUGUGUUGUCUUUUUGCGCACAUAUAUUAAUUUAAACUAUGUUUUGAAUACCCUCCAAGUACCAAAGAACCUGCUCCGGGAGUUAGCCUGUUCACAGACCCUCAAUUUAAUUUUCUUUCCAGAGAUCAUCGAGCGUGCGUAUGGAAGUAAAAAAACCGCGGGGUGGCAUAGGUCUCAGUUAUAGCCUUCGCUACAGACGAAACUAAAUUAAGUCCGUCUGCGAAACAGCCCCGAAAUCCUUGUUCUAGGUCGAACAUGGACGUUUUGUACAUUUUGACAUCUGCGUGAAAGAAAAACCACAAAAUGUGUCCCGAUUUAAGGUGGCUCGACACAGUAUUUUUGUAGCGACACCUUCCAUCUUUGAAUCUCUUAUACGAUUUGUUUAAUUUAAAAACAAAUAUAACCCAUUGUAACACAUGUAUUACACACUGGAGACUAGGCUUUAUUAUGAUAUUAAUUUUUAGGCGGUCGGAAUCAAUAUCUCGUGACAAGACGUCACAAUAGUUUUAGCUCUAAAUCGAAUUUCUGCCCUUAUAGGCAUUUCAUUUUCGAAAUGCUNGAGAAUUUCGACGCAGUGGAAAUGCUGGUUCGGUUUCAAAUGCAGUUGAAUUGGGGAAGGGGGUAAACUUUUAAAAUAAUGUUGUUUCAAUUCUUGUGUUGUCUUUUUGCGCACAUAUAUUAAUUUAAACUAUGUUUUGAAUACCCUCCAAGUACCAAAGAACCUGCUCCGGGAGUUAGCCUGUUCACAGACCCUCAAUUUAAUUUUCUUUCCAGAGAUCAUCGAGCGUGCGUAUGGAAGUAAAAAAACCGCGGGGUGGCAUAGGUCUCAGUUAUAGCCUUCGCUACAGACGAAACUAAAUUAAGUCCGUCUGCGAAACAGCCCCGAAAUCCUUGUUCUAGGUCGAACAUGGACGUUUUGUACAUUUUGACAUCUGCGUGAAAGAAAAACCACAAAAUGUGUCCCGAUUUAAGGUGGCUCGACACAGUAUUUUUGUAGCGACACCUUCCAUCUUUGAAUCUCUUAUACGAUUUGUUUAAUUUAAAAACAAAUAUAACCCAUUGUAACACAUGUAUUACACACUGGAGACUAGGCUUUAUUAUGAUAUUAAUUUUUAGGCGGUCGGAAUCAAUAUCUCGUGACAAGACGUCACAAUAGUUUUAGCUCUAAAUCGAAUUUCUGCCCUUAUAGGCAUUUCAUUUUCGAAAUGCUUUACGCUACCUAUUAUUUAAGAGGAAUUUCGAGACAUCUUGGAAUUUCUACCAAAAGGUGUAAAAUAUGUAUGAACUGAAAGGUGGACUUAAUACAGACAAAUUUGCUACUUUUUGAAUGCUUCCGAAACGUUUUUAUCACUCAUUAGUUUUACCAAUUAACCUUUAUACACUUUACAACCGGCUGAACGCAAGUAGAUUCCGAAAAAAAACAUGAAAGCAUAUGAACAGUAAAACGCAAUGCUGAGCUCUUUUUGUAAUUUCUAAGCUACUUUCACGAAAACAGCGAUGAAAACAAAAUUCGUCGAAGGAUUUUCUUUGAAAAAUUUCAGUGCUGCAGUUGAUCAGUGUACUAUAAAUCCCCGAAUUUCGUGUCCAUUGAAAACUUUAGAAGUUGUCUAACGUAGGCGGAAAAUUGAGUAAAAAUUAAAGCGAUGUCAUAGAUCUGGCUAAGUUUUUGCUGUGGGAUUUCGUAUUGGAGGGUGUGAAUAGGGUUAACCGACUAGCGACAAAGGGCGAAAAAUAUUACUGACUACCGACAAAACAAGAAAAAAAUAACCGACUAAUGCCAGGAAAAAUACUAACCGAUUACCGACAUUAACAAUAUUUGUUUCCAUAAAGAAGAGCACUUCGUAUUUUUCUACCUUAGAAAGUAACCACAUUAAAUUUUAUGACUUAUCAGUUGGUACGUAACAUUGUUGAUACAACCAAUAUCAAAAUCACGGAAGUUAUACCGACUUUAUAAAUUAUAUUUUGAAAAAAAGGUGAAAAAUCGAACACUUCUUGUUUCGUUGGACGUCACAAGUCAUGGCAAAUAUAACAUAAAACGAGUAGUUUGCAGAGCGUAUAAAAAUUUCUACAAGGACAACUUUCCUAUUCCUACAUAUUAUUUGCGAGAAAUGCUUAGAUUUUAAAGUUUGAGAAAAUUCUUUCCACUUCAAUGGAAAGCACCACAGAACCACGACGGGCACAAAGACAGCAGUUUCCUUUGCCAACAUUUUCGUGGGAUAUAUUGAAACACAAAUUCUCAGUAAGCAAAACAUUCUUUAAACCAAUGGUUUUGGAAACACUACAUACUAGAUCUUUGGAACAUACUUAAACCAGACAUCGUAGCUUUCUUAGAACAGGCAAACUUCAGUGAAACUUACAUCACCAUAAUGUUGAAUUCACGGCCGAAAUAUCUGACAAAGAGACUGUGUUUUUAGACAAGGUUAUAAAUAUACAAAGGCACAAGAUUCAACGAAAAAGCUCAGUAUUCCUGAUGCUGAGACACAUUAAAUUUAAACAAACGGUAAACCGGCCCUUCCCAAACCGACACAAACUCCUCAGAAGAAACGUUUGAGGAAAGGAGUAUUUCAAAUUGUAAAAAACGCUUGAUGGAGAACGGCAACCCACAAAAUUUGAAAGAAAAGGCGCUAUAACUAACAGAGAAAAAAGCCGCGCCUUUCGUGAUAAAAUACCAAUUGAAAUCUUGGUAGCCAUCACUUGAAAAGAAGCUUUGAAAAAGAGGAAAUCUGAUACAAAACCAAUCACUACUUUGCCAAAUAUUUAAAGAGCGACCUUUUAUUUCCUACAAGAAAGGGAAAUCAUAUUAAAGGAAAUUCUUGUGGAAGCCACAAUAUUUGGUCAACACACGGUUUCACGCCGGUAUAGAUGUACAGCCUGUCACCCCUUGCAGUUUUUCACUAACAAAAUUAAGUAUCCAAAAGGCUAGAGUGGGCGUCCUCUGUCCAGUUAGCCUCUCUUGCUUGAUUUACUUUUUAUUGUGCCCUGUACAUCAACAGGGAAACCAAGUUCCAAUUUACAAUAAAAGUUUUUGUUGAUUUUAUCGGUACUAUUUGGGAAACAAAGUUGAAAUCAAUGAUCAUGUUACAAUACAGAGUUUUAAAAGUUUUAAAAGUGCAAUAAAAUGAUACAUUCUCACGUUUUACAAGGAUCAAGGUCUUAAAACUGGCUCAGAAAAUACAUUAUAACAACUGUUAAUAACUAACGUAGUAUACCACUAUACUAUGAAGGAAAGGUGAAACAGACUAUUUUUCCCGAAACUUCGUGUUCGUGUACAUUAUUAAGGACAACAACAACUCGCCACAUUGUAAGUUUCAACGAUUUUUAUUUCCAUUUUCUAGCAAAUUUCCAGACCUAAACUUCGCCCCAUAUGUUCUCUAUAUUUAACCAUGUUAUGAAAUCCGUACGAGGACACAAACAGUGAGCCUGGGUGACCUGUGCAUCUAUAACAAGGAAAAUGAAAUAAGCGCCUCGGCGCCGUAAUCGAUCAUUCACGGUAUGUGUACUACAUUUUGUUCAAGAGGGAAUGUGUUAUAAUGUUCAAGUUUUACAAGAUCAAUUUGUUUAAGUCUAAGAGAUUCAAAGAUGUACCUACAAAAACACUGGAUCGAGCCCGCCUUAUUGAAAUUGAUUUUAUUUUGAAUUUUCCAUGUGCUCAGCCGAUUUAACUUGCGUAAACGGAUUCACGAUCCAGUUAGUGUUACGCGAAUUGCUUUUAAGGAUAAACAGAUGGGUUUUUAAAUACAAAUUUUCAAGAAAUAGUUUAUCUGUCUUUGUUCAUUCAUAACAUUAGCUCAAAACUCGAUCGAGAGACCGCAGAUCGUGAAUCUUUGAUAUUCUUAGGGCGCGAUCCAUUCAACCAAAAUUCAGACCGGUCCGACCGGGAAAAGAGGACCACCUCAAAAGGUGGACCCGUUUUUUCGAAACUUUUCCGGUUGGACCGAACCGAUCCAUUGAGUUUUGGACCGAAAUUUCCGGAAAUUUUGGUUGAAUGGAUCGCGCCCUUAGAAACAGAUCAGACGAGCAUUUUCUUCCCCAGAGCUCGUCGUUUCUUGGUCACGUGGUUCGGUUACAAAUUAAGCCGAGUGUCUCUAGGGACGAGAAUAAUCAGACGUUGAAACUGGUGUUGUUUUUGUACUUGUUCCAUUAAAUCGUUAUUUAUUUUCUUAUUCAUUACUUGCCAUUCAAGAAUUUGGCAGUGUGUUACUCUUUAUACAUAACUCGUGCCCUGUAGAAUGAAGUUUAUGCGUUUGUUUACACUUUCUAUUCUCGCUGAAAAAAGUAAGCUUACCUGAAAUAUGAAAAUAUGAAGAACCCGAGUUGAUCUUGCUGUUUUUUGGGGGUACAAGACUAUUAAGUCGAUAUAAGAUUUGUUUCAUUCUUCGACUGUUUGAAAAUUAUUUUUUUCUCUAAAAUCACCCAGCCCCUUCCUCCAAAAAGUCAUAUGGAUUUUCUCUAAAGUGAACCGGACUUGUGGAUUACGAGUUAACUGUUUGAUUUAAAUUAUAAAUUAUAUACUGAAGCUUCGCUUUUAGCCCUAGCUAAAAGAUAUAUUUUAUCUCUUUACAAAAGAAAAUUCUCCUCCGUGAAAGGUGUCCAAAAAUUUCAGAAUGAAGUUUUGCAACAUAGUUCUCGUUUUGCUGUUUUUUAAUUGACGCCUGGUCAAGACGUCGUCGUCGUCGCCGUCGAUCUUGCAGACCUCGGAAUUGUGAAGUGAGUUCUUGGUCUUCUUGGAGCUCAUGUAGUGCUGAACAAUGUGGACAACAAGGAUCACAACAACGGACAAGAUGGCGAGUAUCUGGGCCGAGUUGUGGAGGUUCAGAAUGUCCUACCUUAGAGAAAACACGGCAAUGCUAUGGUACACGAUCAGUGAACUGUCAGCUGAGCUCUUGGUCUGCGUGGAGUGCCUGCUCUACUUUAUGCGGCGUCUCUGGUAUUCAAACUGGUGCCCGUCAUAGAAUAAUCACCGAGCGUUGUGGUGGAAGUUGCUCGCCAACAUUACGGAAGACAAAAGGAUGCCAGGAGAUAAGCUGUCUCAAAGGGGGAAGUUUAAAGCGUGGAACAUGCUUUUGUAAAGAAGGCUAUUCGGGACACUCAGUGCUGUGA